UGCUGGAGAUGGUUGGGCGAAGGAAGUCGUUGCCCGCGUUCAAUGCUUUGUUCAUUGCAGUUAGAGCGGAAUUUCGGUCAUUUGCGUAAUGUUGUUAAUGAAUCUAUAUGUUAGAUGUGAAUGCCAUGAAUUUUGACAGAUCGACUUGGUAUACCUUACCCUGCAAGCCAGUUACUACUCCAGUACUCAGCUCAAAAAUAGGCAAAUCCAGCUGCAGAAGCGUGGUGACGUUGCUGUGAUAUCCUAGUAUCCUGGUAUUUAGAUGUCAUAAGUUGAUACCCAUGCUGUUGAAACUUCUGACUAACUUAGUUGACGUCAAAACACAGAUCUGUAAUGAAAAACAACGCUAGCAGUGUUCGCAUGCCAUCACCGCGUCAAAAUGCCGAUAAAUCUUCCCCAAAACGAGGAUCUAAAUCUGACAAUCAGAAUUUGAAGUUGCAAGGUGGUUGCAAAGGUGCCAAGCCGUGCACAAAGGGUGGAGAUACAAUUGUUAAACAAGAAGAAAAUUACCUGGCGAGAUGUACAAAUUUUCGGUUGACAACUGGUUAUGAAUUGAGCAUUUGCAAUUGUAAGCAUAUUCGAAAGAUUCGAAUUGGAGAACGGCAUUCGAUUGUGAAUCCUCAGCGAUGGUUAUGUGAAACAUGCUUCACAACAGAAUCUGUAUGGGCGUGUCUAAGUUGUCCGAAUGUAGCAUGCGGCAGGUUUAUAAAAGAACACGCCCUAACACAUUUUCAAGAAUCUGGUCAUCCACUGGUUAUCGAUGUCAAUGAACUGUAUGUUUUCUGUUAUAAAUGUGAUGAUUAUGUGCUUAAUGAUAAUAAUUCCAGUGACAUCAAAGUCCUCAGAGAAACUCUUUUGGCCAUUCGAUACCAAAACUUCACUGGAACAACUCGCAGUGGUCAUACUUUAAGGUCAGCAAUGAUCACUGAACAAGUUGAUGUUGAAAUGAGAAGACAAAUGCAACAAGAACAAUUAGACAGAGAUGACAGACUUUUCACUGCUAUUUGGCAUUCUAGGUUUGUUAGACAACGAAAAGCAUUCCGACGAUGGGUUCGAUAUAUUCAUUGGAAAAGAACAAAAACUGUGUUCCCAUUAGAAAGUAGUGAUGAUGACACUGAAACUGAAAGCUCAGAUAUUGUAAUGGAACCACCAGAUCUUACAGAAUCAUGCCAAUCUGAACCGCUCAUUCCUUUGCCGACUAAGGAAUCCGAUAUCACGGUGCUGUCUUCUUCACAUCAUAUUGAUAGUGAUGAUGAGAAUAAUUUACUUUUACCUGAAAUCUCUGUAAAUUCUGAAUCGGAUACAAAAUCAGAUACAACGGACACUGAUGUUAGUGAUUUUCCAAAUAUAAAAUCUGACUUGCCUUUAAUAGAAGAAGAUAUUCAAAUGGAUGUAUCAUUAUCGAAUAUGACGGAAUUAUCUGAAAUUACUGAAAUAUCGCCUACAAACUCGGAUGGUAUAUCUUAUUUGCAGCAGACUUUUUCUUCCAAUCAAAGUACAUCGCAGGUUAUAGAAUUACCCAGCGUCGAUAAUAAUGAAGAAUUUGCGAUGUCCGAUGCAUCAUCAUGUCAUUUGUCAUCUAACGAGAGUUUACCUGGAGUAAAUGAGACCGCAGAUGUUAUUGUUGAUGUCAUGCUAACUGAUGAUGUCAUCAAAGAUGAUGUCACAAAAGAGGAAGAAAAUUCUGAUGUAACUGAAGUUCCUGUGAUUCCUUUGAAUAUUUUAUCGAGACCAAAAAGAUCUAAUGCGGCUGCAAGAUACAAGGAAAUUUUUGGCAGUUUAAAUAGAACUUCAACAGUAAAAAGAGAAAGAAAUAUACCCUCGCAACCAAAGUUCGGUGAAGAAGGUUCUCCUGAACAAAGAAAAAUGAGUCUCAGACCAAGACCGUCCGGUCGGCGCAGCGAUCGAAUAAAGAAAAUUAACAAAAAGAAAGAGAGAGCAUCAACGACAUCUAAAAAGAAAGUUGUACAAAGAAAACCGCAACAAUCUGUAAAAUUAAUAAAACAAAGACAUCCACCACCAAAACGGAAACGAAUCGUUCCAAAGAAAACUAAGCCUCGACCAACGAAAAACUCGAUUCGAUCAAUCCAAGAAAAACAAAAAAAGAGAAAGAAACAGCAAGCCGCAGCACAAACAUCACACCGUACUAGACGUCUAAUAAGUGCAAGCGGAUCGAGACAGGAACGAAAAAGACUGGAUUCUUACCGACCGCCAUCAUUAUAUGAUAAUAUACCUAAUAAAGCUGUUACUUCAUUGAUUCCUGGUGUCACAGGUUUACGGAAUUUGGGAAACACCUGUUAUUUGAAUUCAAUAAUUCAGGUUUUAGGUCACCUACAGAAAUUCAGACUGUGUCUUCUUGCAUUGAGGGAACUAGAGUUCCGUGAAGCAUUUUCCCUCGUUUCGAAAGAAAUUUCUUCUAAAAAUAUAAGCGAUAAUUUUGUGUUUUCAACACCGCAAGCAAAACCAGCACGUACAAUGAAUCGAAGAACUACUGUUGAACUUUAUAACGAACAGAAUAAACCAACACCACUGUCUGUGAGAAACUCAGAUAGAGUUAGAUCAGGUCUUAACGGAGGUCAGUCAUCGAACAGCAUUACUGAACCUUUGCCUACUGUAUCGCCACCCUCUCCCAGCAGAAUCAACUGUCGCUCGCCAUCAUCAGUGACAGGAUCUGAGCCUUGGUCAUCUUCUCUAUCUCUUUGUAAUGAACUAGAUCACUUGUAUCAAGUGAUGUGGUCCGGGAAAUGGAAACUGGUGUCUCCUUAUCACUUCUUACAUUCCGUUUGGAGUUUGAUUCCAUCAUUCAGGGGUUAUACACAACAAGAUGCUCAGGAGUUUUUAUGUGAGUUGCUCGACAAGAUUGUGUCAGAACUGGAAAGAUGUCGAAAUACUGAAAAUAAAUCGGUGCUUAGAAUACUGGAGGUUGUUCAAAAGGUUUUUGAAGGUCAAUUAAAGAGCAGAGUUCGAUGUCUGGAAUGUGGACAUGUUUCAUCAACCGUUGAACCAUUCUGGGAUUUAUCGUUAGAAUUUCCUGAACGUUAUCACAAGAUUAAUUCAACCAAACGACGGCCUUCAACAAAUUCCAAAGCUCCACCUGUGCCUGUUGACACGUGUACAUUGCAUGAAAUGCUCCAGAAUUUUACUGCACCGGAAACAUUGGAAGGAGGAAGAGUUUAUGGAUGUUCUAAGUGCAAUUUUUUUCAACAACCACCUAUCAUAAAUCCGGAUGUAGCAGGUUCAACACAAAAGAAAAGACCUCCAUUUCGGAAAAAUUCUCAAAAACUCACUGAAGCUGAGAAACAGCUCAAAGUACUGGAAUUGCCACAGGUUUUGAGGUUUCAUUUGAAGAGAUUUCGAUGGAUAGGACGAAAUCACAGAGAAAAAAUUGCUGUUCAUGUGGAUUUUCCGCCUGAACUAGAUAUGCGACCAUACUGUUGGAAUAACGGAAAUGAUUGUAAUAAUGAAGUACAAUACAUGUACGAUCUUAGUGCAGUUGUUAUGCACCAUGGACGCGGAUUCGGUUCAGGUCAUUACACUGCCAACUGUUGGAAUGAUAUUGGAGAAUUUUGGGUCCACUGUAACGAUUCAAACCUUGAACUACGUUCGAUCGAAGAUGUGAUGAUGUCACAAGCCUAUAUUUUAUUCUACACCCAGCGAGGUCUCGACCCACAACCUCACAUUUUAAGCCCACCGCAAACACCAAAGGUCUCAUCACCUACACACACAACACCGCCUCCAUCAUAGAUCUGUUUGUUACUUUUUCAGUCUAGUUUUUAUUAAAGUAGUGAAAUAUGAAUAAUCAACCACUGAAACAAGCGAGAUUUUGAAAUACUAAGUUACUCCUCGGGGGUUACAUGAAAUAAGAAACUAAUCUGCCAUUUUAGGCAAUCACUUCAAAAGUGCAUUCAUCACCAUGGAUAGGCUUUAUUAAAAUAAGAUACUCUUAUCUCAAAAGCUUCAAAUAUGUGAUACAGUCUUUCUUGUAGUUACCUAUUUAUUAAACAUGAUACUUUUAUUUUAGACUUAAUUUAGAUAACGCUAAGUUCUUUUUCGACAAAUCUCCGAUGAAACAAGUUCUUUGUCUUCUCACUAUAUAUCAUUGACGUUAAAAGAAAUUGGUCAUUUGUCCAACUGUUGCGGCAUAAAGUGUUUCUUUCUCAUCGAUUAUUUUUGGUUGUUUAAUAUCAGGGAUUUACUUGGACGAAUUCCUAAUCAAGGACCUUUUUUUUUCCUUCUGUUGCCUUGCAGAUCUAAAAUCUUUGAUCAUUAGAAAUUAUUACAGAUCCAAGUCCAACCAUAUACUGUUCUAUACAAAAGUGCUAUAGACAUGGAGUGCUUGUAACAUGUACUAUAAGCUUUGUUUUUCAUGUUUGUUUGGGUUUUGCAGCCAUUAAAAUUCAUUGAUCCAUCAAUCUGCCAAUGUUUAUCUCUUUUUUUUCAGCUACCUUGCUUUUUUCAUUUUGGGACCAAAACCAGCCAUAAAAUGAAAUUUUGCUUGAUUUUGAAAUUCCUUUUUUUUUAAAAUAAAACUCUUUGCUCAAAA